CCCGCGUGCACGUUCGUACUUGCCCGUGCACCUCUGUGACAGAGCCAAGCCGGCUCUGCAGUGGGGUUGCAGGUGUCAGGGCGGCUCUGCUACAAAAGAGACACAAGCUGCAGGGAGAAAAAAAGAAAGAAAGAGCUUCACCUCCAAGCUUUCGAGAUAUCUUACAUCAUACAUACAUAUUUGUAUCGACAAUGAGGGAAAUCGUUCACAUCCAGGCUGGCCAGUGUGGUAACCAGAUUGGUGCCAAGUUCUGGGAAGUGAUCAGUGACGAGCAUGGCGUCGACCCAACUGGGACGUACCAUGGUGACAGCGAUCUGCAGCUGGACAGGAUCAACGUUUAUUACAACGAAGCAACAGGAGGUAAAUAUGUGCCACGUGCUGUUCUUGUGGACUUGGAACCAGGCACCAUGGACUCUGUGAGAUCCGGACCCUUUGGACAAAUUUUCAGACCUGACAAUUUUGUGUUUGGUCAGAGCGGUGCUGGUAACAACUGGGCAAAAGGUCACUACACUGAGGGAGCUGAGGUGGUCGACUCGGUCCUGGAUGUGGUUCGCAAAGAGUCGGAGAACUGUGACUGUCUGCAAGGGUACCAGCUUACGCAUGCCCUGGGUGGUGGAACAGGAUCUGGCAUGGGAACCCUGCUCAUCAGCAAAAUUCGUGAAGAAUACCCCGAUAGGAUCAUGAAUACGUUUAGUGUGGUGCCCUCCCCCAAGGUGUCAGACACUGUGGUUGAGCCCUACAACGCUACUCUCUCCAUUCACCAGCUUGUUGAGAACACAGAUGAAACCUACUGCAUUGACAAUGAGGCUCUGUACGACAUCUGCUUCCGCACUCUCAAAUUGACCACACCCACCUAUGGAGACCUAAACCACCUUGUGUCCUCUACCAUGAGUGGAGUCACGACCUGCCUACGCUUCCCUGGCCAGCUCAACGCUGACCUCCGUAAACUGGCUGUCAACAUGGUGCCUUUCCCUCGUUUGCACUUCUUCAUGCCUGGCUUCGCUCCCUUGACCAGCAGAGGAAGCCAGCAGUACCGAGCACUCACGGUCCCUGAGCUCACCCAACAAGCAUUUGAUGCCAAGAAUAUGAUGGCUGCGUGUGACCCGCGUCAAGGCCGCUACCUUACAGUAGCCACUGUGUUCCGCGGCCGAAUGUCCAUGAAAGAAGUGGACGAGCAGAUGCUCAAUGUCCAGAACAAGAACAGCAGCUACUUUGUCGAAUGGAUCCCUAACAACGUCAAGACCGCUGUUUGUGAUAUUCCGCCCCGCGGCCUCAAGAUGGCCGUCACCUUCAUUGGCAACACCACAGCCAUCCAAGAGAUGUUCAAGCGCAUCUCUGAGCAGUUCACAGCCAUGCUGCGUCGUAAGGCCUUCCUCCACUGGUACACAGGUGAAGGUAUGGAUGAGAUGGAGUUCACUGAAGCUGAGAGCAACAUGAAUGAUUUGGUCUCUGAGUACCAGCAGUACCAGGAUGCCACCGCUGAGGAUGAAGGAGAGGGUGAGGAGGAGCCUGAAGAGGACUAAAGCCUAAAGAUCACAAUGUCAAUGCAUUCAUGUCAAAUGAAGAAAGCAGUACAGCCUUGUUUUUAAUUAA